AUGGAAGAAACUUCUUCAAAUUCCGAAUCUGCACACCCAAAAGCAGCAUCAAUUCUGCGCUCAGAAACUUAUGUCGAUGACAUUCUCUCAGGAGGUUAUUCAAUUGAAGAAACUCUUUCUGCUCAAACUCAACUUAUUGAAACAUUAAACUCAGCAGGUUUCCCAUUAAAGAAAAUUACUGCUAAUAACCCGCAAUUACUUGCUCAUUUGCCCAAAGAAGAUCUUUAUGAUUUAGACUUCUUACGUUUUCACGAAGCAAGUUCUACUAAAACACUUGGCAUCAAGUGGAAUGCAAUCACUGAUACAUUUUCUUAUAGUUUUUCACCCAUCGAUGAAUCUCAAAGAAUAACAAAACGUCAAAUUUUAUCUUCAGUUGCAAAACUUUUUGAUCCAGCUGGAUGGCUUGCACCAAUCGUCAUCAGAGCAAAAAUGCUGAUGCAGCAGCUGUGGUUAGAAGGCUUGGAAUGGGAUGAAGAUGUUUCAUCUGAAUCUCUUCAAAAGUGGAAUAAUCUAGUUCGAGAUUUAUCUCAUAUAGAAACAAUUUCCAUUCCACGCUGGUUACAGUAUACGCCAUCUGACGAUAUUCAAAUCCACGGAUUCUCAGAUGCGUCUAAAACUGCGUAUUGUGCUACAGUGUUUAUUCGAUCAAAAAGUAAAGUGGCACCAAUUCAAACUGUUUGUCUACCAAGACUGGAACUAAAUGGUGCAGUUUUGCUAUCAAAAUUAGUAAAUUACGUUAUUUCUUCAUUAAAUUUUAAUACUAAAGAAAUCUUUCUUUGGACUGAUUCAUCCAUUGUGUUAGGUUGGCUCUCUAAACACCCAUCUACGUGGGAAACAUAUGUUGUAAAUCGUAUUGCAGAAAUUGCCAUAUGGAAACAUGUUCCAACGCAUGAUAAUCCAGCAGACUUGGGAACUCGAAUGUCCAAAGAAAAUAGUAUCAAUGCAUUCAGAAACUCAACAAACAGAUAUUCUUGA